GUCCUCUCUUAGAAGAUGCAACAUGAUUUCUAAAAAAAAAAAAAAAAAUACAACUUCCGGAAAGGUAGAGCAUUUUUUUCAUCUUCAUUUUUUUGGUAGGACGUCUUUAGUUAGGUGUCCUUCGCAAUAAAGAAAUCCUUACAAUCAUUAUAGUUUUAACUCUGUUCAUUCGAGUCGGCGCGCACAGCAACGUGACAAACCUAGGAACUAUGUUCUGUAAAUGUACAGCGCGAGCUUUAAGGGCGCUGCGGCCUGCGCAUCCUCGGUGUGGAGUAUUAACGCUGCCCGCCCUAAGCGACACUGUGUCGGGCAGCGGAACGUCCUGGUCACGGUGGACAUGCAAACGGGAAUCAAGUAACUCCGCCUGGAAUUCCAAGGUUCCCCAGGUACCAACAUGGGAGCCCAUAGCAGAAAAUCAAGUUCCACCGCCAACAAGAGUCUCACCAGAUUUAGUGGACAAGCUGGAGAGAUUAGCCCUGGUUGACUUUGGCAGUAAAGAAGGGGUGGACUGUCUGGAGAAAGCCAUUCGAUUCGCUGAUCAGCUUCAUGUCAUUAAUACUGAUGGUGUGGAGCCGAUGGAUUCAGUUCUAGAGGACAGAGAGCUGUAUUUGAGAGAUGAUACGGAAACAGAGGGAGAAUGUGCAGAGGAGCUGCUCCAUCUGGCCAAACACACUGUAGAGGAGUACUUUGUUGCACCUCCAGGGAACAUCCCACUGCCUAAGAGAGAAGAGAGAUCUGCUAUGCUUAAACACUCUGAAUUUUGACUGAAAUGUAACAUUGGAUCUGAACUGCAUUAUAAUAAAUAUUUAUUUUUGUCUUGUG